CAUAAAAUACGAAACUAAACGGUGACUUUACUUUGGUUGCUACAUAAACAAUAUGGCGUUCUAAGAUUUGUCCUUCACACCUAGUUGUAACUUUUGAAGAAAAAAACAACAAUGGGGAAGAAAAAGGGUGGAAAGAAGAAAGGAGGAAAGAAAGGGAAGAAGGGAGGAAAAAAGAAGGAAGUACAGAUGACAGCAAAAGAGGCUAUAUUAGCAUAUCAGAUUGGUAUUGUUGAAAAAAAGUUAGAAGACCAGAUGUAUGAAAUCAGAGGCUGGGAAGACAAAAUAAAAAGAAAUGAAGAGAGGAAUGCAAAGUUGAAAGCUGAUCAGAAGUUACUAAUUAAUGAAAUGUUAAAGACAGCAAAAGUUCUUGAAGAAAAGUGGGAUACAGAAGAAAUGAGAAAGAGAGAAGAUGUGGUAGUUGUUAUGAAAGAUUAUUGGGAAUGGCAGAGACAACAAGAAGAGGAGAUUGAAGCUAUCAAAAAGAAAAUUGAGGGAGCAGAGAAGCAAAUAGACACAGAAGACAAGAAUUUAACCUACUGGACAGAUUACAAGGAUAGAGGACAGAAUGAUCAUAAACAACAGAUAAUGCUUCUUACCAAAGAAAUGGAAGACAUGGAAAACAGUUUUAGUGAAAUGAUACGUCAUCUUGAAACAUCGAAUACAAAAGAUAAAAGCAAAAUAAAGAAUUUUACAGAGGAGAAACUAAUAUCACAGAAAACUGAAGCCAAAGAUAAAGCUAUUGGACAACUUGACAAAUACAGUCGACAAGAAAUAUUGGAUAAAGAGUGGUUGCAUAGGGAGGUUGAGAUUCACAAAAGAGAGGCAGAAGAGCUCCGUCAAGUUGUUGAAAAUCUUGAAAAAGAUAAUCUAGAAAUCAUGAGUGAACUGUUUGAAUGUAAGAUUGAAGACUUGAAGGUUUCAAGGAACUUUUAUUUGACCCAGUUUGAUGAUGAUGAAAAUUUAGAAGAAGAUGGAGUUCUAGAGAUGGAUAUGAAACAAUUAUCUAUAAAUCAAGCUAAGAUUGGGGAACAUGAAUUUAUACAUGAGAACAAAGCUGGAGAAAGGGUAGAAGCAAUCAUGGAUAAAGUUAGAGCCAGACCAAUGAGUGCUACACAGAGAGCUAUUGAAGACAGAGUAUUCUCUAUAGUAACAAAACAAAAUAUAGAUAGUGAUGAAAGUGAUGUUGAAAGUGUUGAGACAGAUCUUUUAGAUAACAUGUAUUUUGAAGAAGAAGAUUUUGGUGAUUACCUAAAGCUUGGACCUUUGGAAUUAAAACUAUUAAACGUGACAGGAACACAAAUGCCUAUACAUGUUCCUGAACCUCUGACUGAAGAGGAAAGUGAUGCCAAGAAAUGUAAACCUGAUGAAUGGCCAGUCACAGCUCCUAUGCUCAAAAGUAUUCAAACAUGAAAUGUGAUUGUAUGUUUUCAGUAGUUUCUGUUAAGCAGGAAUCUGAUCAUAUCAAAGUUAAGAAUUUUAUUCAUCAGAAUGCCAUAUCGCUUUGAAGUACCAGGGACUGUCUCAGUUUUUCUCUGAGGCUCAAAUAGUGUGGAGUAUUUCUUCCAUAUUUGUUUAUAAAUUUAUAGCUGUAAUGAGAUAUCACAUCUUUAAUUCUCUGCAAGUUUUUUUUUCUAUUUAUAUUCCUCAUAGAUUUUGAGAAAUGAUGAUAUAUGUUGCAUGUUAAGUUACUGUGAUCUUGUAUUUGUCUAUUUAUUUUAAUAAAUAUUUAAUUGUUGGUUUUGCUCAACUUUAUUUGUGAAAAGAUACACUUUUCUGUUUAAAUAUUAGUUUGAUGAAGGCUUUUUUUUUACAUAUUUGUUAAGUUUUCAACAUAUUCAUGAUAUUCAUUUGAUAUUAUUCUGAUCUUUCUUGGAUAUAUAUAAAUGUCCAGUGUAAUACACUGAUACAUUUUGUACCCACAAAUUCCUUGGUCCAUACUUGCAAGAGUUGUUUCCCUUUGCUUGUUUCUACACAGAAGGGUAUUUGAAAAUUAUUAGACAGAACAAUUACAGAUAAUUGUGUAUUUGUAAUAUCCAAGUUUGUUACUGUUUUCACAAAAAGAGAUUUUUUUGUGAUGAGAGUUGAUAGAAUACAGUUUGCAUUUUAUGUAAUAUCAAAAAGUAGACUCUUGCAAAUUUGUUUCUUGAUACUUUUCACACCUUAGCUUCUUUCUCUGUCCUUUUUCAUUUAAUCACUUAUAAUUUAUGGUGAACUUAUAUCUUUUUGAUAUUAAUAAUAUUUUUUUAAAUCUCUGCAGUGAUAUUUUUUAAUAACUUGUCUUGUGUACAGACAUUUGCCAAUAGUAUUUCACCUAUUAUUAGAAUGACAGUGUUCUUGAAACAGUGAACAAUUCUAUUCAUUUUGCCAUUUGAUAAGGGACUUUCCGUUUUGAAUUUUCCUCACAGUUCAGUAGUUUUGUGAUUUUACUUUUUAUAGACUGAUUGUUGAGAGUAAUUUAAUCUUGAGGGAACAUCAUUUGAAUGAAAUCGUUUCUUUAAAACAAUUCAAAUUUAACAGCUACUUUUUGGAACAAAUUUGAUAAAACAUGUAAAUAAUUUAUCAUUAACAAGAAAAACUUUCAAAAUAUGGGAACUUGUAAUUUUUCAAAGAAUUUGUGAUCAAUGAAAAACCCAAAUUUUCCUGUUAUAUGCCAUUUAGCUGUAAUGCUUCAUUUAGGAGUAGUUCUAUAAAGACAUUCUAAAUUGAAUGUUUGCUUGAAUAACAAGGGAUGCAUAAAACGCUUUAAUUAAAUAAUAAUAUUGAGUUAGAUUUAAUUUAAUCGUUUUUUUUCUGUCAGAUUUUAUUCUGAAUGUUCUGAGAAUUAGAUUAUGAUUGUAUUAAUGUAAUGUAAGCUGAUGCUUUCAACUUUCUAUCGAAAUUCUAAAUACAAUAAAA